GGUCAUACGUGAAUCUUAGGGAACCAGAUGCUAGAUGUAUAAUUAUAACUUGCAUGUGUUUACAACUUUUAAUGGGAUUUCAUGCCUUUUCUCCUUUAUUCCUUCACACUCAAAUAUACCGUCUUAUCAGAUGUUAAAAAGGGUAUCAUAUAAACUAAGACAGAAAAUAUGCAGAGCUGUCAUCGUUCCAAUAGAAAGAAAUCCGCGAACAAAUGACAAUAUACAGACGCACAAACGUAAAACAAACUUUAAAGAUUUUUUGACCAGACACACUCAUGUUAUUUCGUAUGAAUUAUUUCAUUUUAAAGAUUACUGUUUAAGUUUUAAACCAUCGUAUAGUGUAAAGAUGAAUUCUGUUGAAAUGCAGCAGUUCAAACCACCAGCAAGUGUGAAAGGCAUGGUCAAGUUAGAUAGAUCAAAAUUUGAUGAUAUGUUGAAGGUUCCUACCAUCAUUAUUCCUGUAAAAAAAUUGCAAAUGAUGCUAAAGAAAUUGAGAAAGUAUGGUUUGAAAUUAAAGCACCUGUCGCCAGUGCUGGCACUUGAGCAGACGCAUCCAGAUUUUGACAGCCACAAAAGAUUCCUUUUUGAUCCAAGAAAAUUUGAAACACAUGAUGAAUUAACAGAAAUGGUGCAAAGUAUAUUAGGUAGUGAAAAUGCUCAAACUAGCAGUAUUGAAUUUUAUGAGUUAAAGGUUUCAUAUGAAAAUUGGAAUUUUCAAGAAGUUAUGCAGGCUAUAAUACCAGAUGAUAUUGAAAGUAUCUCUGGCUUUGCAGAAGUUGGUCAUAUUGCACAUUUUAACCUAAGAGAUGAAAUGCUACCUUACAAACAUAUCAUAGGUGAAGUACUACUUGACAAAAUACCUGCAGUAAAAACAGUUGUAAAUAAGCUUAGCUCAAUAGACAACACAUAUCGCACAUUUCAGAUGGAAUUACUGGCAGGAGAAGAUAACUAUGUUACAAGAACAAAGGAAAAUUCUUAUGUUUUUGAAUUAGACUUUUCUAAAGUGUAUUGGAACACAAGACUUGGUACAGAACAUCACAGGAUGACAAAUUCCCUAUCCUGUGGUGACAUAGUGUUUGACGUGUUUGCUGGAAUAGGACCAUUUGCUAUACCUGCUGCAAAAAGAAGAGCUACAGUAUAUGCUAAUGAUUUAAACCCAUACUCGUAUGAAAAUUUACUUAAAAACAUAAAGCUAAAUAAAUGUGACACAAGUCUCAUAACCUGCAGUAAUCUAGAUGGUAGGGAAUUUAUAAAUACUGUCAUGAAAGAUAAGCUGAAACAAAUUUUUACAGAAGGAGUUGAUAAAGAAGGGAUGAAUGUGUCAAAUAUAUCUAGUAUUUCAGUGCUAAUGAAUCUUCCAGCACUAGCAUAUACAUUCCUUGAUGCAUUUAGCGGCAUUCUGAGUGAUGUUGACAAUUUUAACACCAAAGUUCCCUUGCCAAUUAUAAAUUGUUACUGUUUCACAAAUCUUCCUGAGGCUAAUGAUAAAUGGGGUGGAGAUACAGAUGCUGAGUUGAAACAUAGGGUGACUAACAUGGUAGAAGGUUUACAAGAAGAUGAUGUGACUGUAAGGUUUGUACGAGAUGUAGCGCCACAGAAGCUGAUGAUGUGUGUUUCUUUCAAACUUACACAAGAAAUCAUGUGUGGAACAAAAAAAGUGAAAAGUAAUAAUACAGAGGAAACUGAAGUUACCACAGAUGAACCCCCAGCAAAGUGUCAGAAGACCGAAAGCAAUGCAUCAGUUAGUACUGCUUGAGAAAUAUCCGGGGAAUUUAAUGACAGCCGUCAAAACAUGAAGCUACCGUACUGAUGAUAAAAAACAGAAAGCAAUGCAGAAUAGAUUUAAAAUAGACUAGAAUUUAUGAGAAUUCAGAAUCCAUACUUGUUGUUCAUAUUAUAAGACAAUUCCAACAGUCUUUUCCUUUAGUGAAUGAUGUAAAAGUGAAAGCUGUGUUUCCAAAUGCCUGACCUCUUAACUGUCAUACAUGUAUAUACUGACAUUUUUAAGCCUUUGUACCGGGUAUGUUGUUUAUAAUUAUUUCAAAGAUAGUAUGAUUAUGAUAACAUUUAUUUUUAUAAAAAAUUCAAGUUUUGUAUUUUGGUUGUUAAUACUUUAAAGAAUGUGGUAGUAUGUAAAAUGCAGUUUUCACAAUGAAUCUGGGAUCAUGUAUAUGAAUCCAAAGAUGUGGCUCAUUCAAUGCUGUCCAGCAAUGUCUUAUGACCCUUCACUGUUAAAAAACAUGGCAGAAAUGUUCAUAUUGAUAUAUAGGAUAAUUGUUUGUUUUGCAUGUAAAAUUGAAAUAUAUUUCACAGAGUGAACACCAGAUGUAAUAUUUUCACGAUGUGAUAUUUUUACGAGUUGCAUAGCCAGAAGUAAAAAUAUAAGAACUGGUGUUCACAAGUGAAAUAUAAUUUGAUCUUGUAUGCAAAACAAACAAAUUUUCUAUUUAUUUCAUGCUAUUUUAGGUGUUUUAAAUAACUUUUUACUGCGUUUUGCUGCUUAACGACAUGUGCUCUCGUUCAUGACCUCAUCAAAUCAUGUUGUCACAUGUCACUUUGGUGUUGAAAAAUAUUUCUGUAAAUUUUACAAACUUUGUUACAUUUUAAAAUGAUAUGUGCAGAUAUUCAUGUACUUGUCGUAAUCAAGCAUAUUUAACUCACUAUGGAGUAUAUUUCUGAUGAUAUUUCUGCUUUAUUAAAAUAUAUUCUUUUCACUCUCAUUUAGAUAUAGUCCGACUACUGUGAAAAUUAUAUUUUAUAAUUUCACUGUGAAAUUAUAGAAUAUAAUGUCACUGUCCACAGAAAAGCAUGUAAUAAAUGGAAAUGAUAAGUUGAUAACAUUUCAUUUUAUUGGCAACAGUCAAAUACCACGAGUGCUAUGGCUAUGAAAACAUGUAUUUAUGUUUGACAAUUUAUGUUUAAACCAGUUUUUUUAGAUUUUAAUAGAACUAGAAAUAAAUAUAUUUAUCUAUUAAUGAUUGAAUGCAUUAUGCAUGAUAAAUGCUAUCACAAUCCA